GAAAUUAAGUUAAGCAUCGGAUCCUAAUUAGGCGUUUUAAGAGCCGCCUCUUGCAAGACACGUGUGGCAACCAGAGAGUAUUGCGUUUAACUCCAUCUCUCUCUCUCUCGACGGUUCAAUGACCGAUUGAUUUCUCUGUUGAUCUUCUGAUUCAACACUCCGGCUCUCUCUGUUGCUCUCAACGAUGAUGAAUCACUGCCUCUCACCGGCGGUGUUGAGAGUGUUCGCGGUGGUAACGACGGCGCCGAGAGACAUGACGGCGAGGGAGACGACGGGGAAAUAGAUAGAGUUGGGAGAGAGGAUGAGGACGACGUGGUCAGUGGCGGCGUCGAUGAAGGCGGUGGUGCCGCGGUGAGGCUGAGAGGAGAUUAAAGUGGUGAUAUUAAGUGUAGGGUGUGCCGGGAGAGGCAAUGGGUUGCAGAAACCACUUCUGGAAUCAAUGAGAGUUAAUGUUUUUUAGUUCCUCUGUCUCUUAACAAACAGCUUCAGGAAAUGAUGUUGAUGAGCCUUGAAAAUAAGCUUUUUGACAACAUGGAGAUCGUUUUUAAUGUGUACCUAAAGAUGAGCUUGCUGAAGUAUUACAAGUCAUUGAGCCUUCUAAAAACAAGGUACGUCUCUGCUGUAGAACACAUCUCUUUUAAUUAGACAACAUUGUUGGUGCAAAAAUGUGAUUUCAUAUACUAAUAUGCAUUAUUUUCAUGUUGGUGUUUGGUAUGCAACGAUCAAUACCUAGACUCUAAUCAAUCAAAGAAGUGUUUUCAAAUCUUAUAACAUGAAGCUUACAUAAAUAUACAAAACUACCUAAUUUCUUGAGAGACAUUUGCUUAUAAUCAAUCAUAGAACUGACUUAUGUUGUAGUCUCAUCUCUCUUGGUCUCUUCUUGUUGCUGGUGACAAGCCGUUCUUUCUCUGCUCCUCUUUUGCCUUUAUGUGUUUUUCUAUCACUUAUUAGACCACUUCCCCGCCCUUGGCUGAGAAGUCUACUAGCUUUGGUCCUUCAAUGGUGAAUGGGUUCAUAUUUAUGUUUAAUAAAAAAAAUUUCUUAAGAACCCUUAAUUUAAGAACCUACCAUUGGAGCAAUUAAACUAAACUUUUCUUAACAAAAGUUCUUAAUCUACAUUUAUUACUAAAAUAUUCAUUAAGAAUCUCUAAUGGGGUUCCAUGGUUAAUCAUGCUCUUAAGUGGGCAACAAAGAUUCACAUAACAUCAGCUUUAAGCUUUGAGUAGAUGACAACUACUGGAAUGGUAGAACAGUUUUGGUUGUUACUCUUUGAUCUACUCAAAGCUGGUGUUAGGUGCAUGGGCAUUUCAAUGAGAGAUUAAAAGGAAAAUAUUUAUUGACUGGUGCAGUCCAGAAGAUUGAAGCAAUGAAGUUAAAGAGUGACCACUUUAACUAACAUCUAUACUAUUAAUCUAUACUAUUAAAAUUAAAGUACAGUUUUUAACUCUUUUUUUUUCAAUAUUUACAAGUAUGUCAUUGCUAUUUAAAUUUAAUAUUUUUAUAUUGAAUAUUUCCAAUUGUAAAUAUUUAUAUUUACCUAUAAUUAAGGGAACUACUUAUAUCUACCUAUAAUUUAGGAAACUAUAAGUGAUACAAAUUAUUAUUUUAUUCCUUAGUUACUCAGUUUCUAAUAUUAUAACCAAACCAAUAUUCAAUCGAAUAAAAUAGUACACUUCACAUAAAACCAUUUACACAUUAUCUAUACUUAUCGUGUUUGUGUGAGUCCACUAUGCCUUUUCAAAAUGUAUAACAAAUUUAUUUCAAUAUAUUAAACAUUCCGAAAUUGCCUAAGAUUAUAUAUAUAUAUAUAUAUAAUAUAUAAUAUUAUAUUCAUAUUUAUUGCUUUUGUUCGAAAAUAAUAUAACUGUUUGUUAUAUGUUGUAUAUUUUGGAUAUAUCAGUUUUGAAAUUUUGGAAACUUAACAAAAUAAUCUAGCAAAAUUCGAGAAUAUAUCUAUAUAUUCUCAUUAAUUACUAAAUAUUUCAGUUAUGUAUUAAAUGAAUCUAUCAAUAUUUCCAUUAUCAUUCACACUAAUAUAUUUCUAACAAUUUGAGAAUAUACCUAAUAUUCUCAUAAUACGUUAAAUUAAAUCUAUAAAUUUUUUUAUUGAUAUCAACAUUUUCAGAAUUCUCAAGAUAUUUUGUCGAGAUGCAUCUUUAAAACAAAAAAACAUAGAUAUUAUAUUUUAGAUUACAAUCACAUGCUUUGGCACGGUUUAGAACCUAAAAACAAACUAUAAAUAAAAUGUUUAUAGUUUUUGUUGAAAUUUACUCUUUACAAGCUUUAAAGCUAAAUAUUUAUCAUUGUUAAACAAGGUUUCAAUUUUUAUGUUUAUGGUUUUUGUUGGGAAUCUUCAACUUGUCAAGCUAUCCUUUGUACAUGAGAGUCUGCCUAAUUUAGCAUCCACCAUAAUAUUUUUGGAACGGGCCAAAAAUAUCACACAUAUUUUAAAAGUAAUAAAAAAUGAGGAUAAUUUUGUAUUGCUAGGUGAGAUUCGAGAACAUGGUUGACGACCACAAGAAAACGUAUCAUGUAAUUUUUGUUCUCGUGAUGUAAUAACAGUAUUUCUUCUAUUUUUGGAUUAGUUUUGGAUUUAACUAAAUAACCAAGAUUUUAGUCUUUGAUCCGUUGCGUAAUGAUCGGAUCAGAAAAGGUUUAGUAACUGUUUCUCAAACAAAAUCAGCCAGAAAAAGUCGAUUAGAUUCAAAUUAUAACCAACGUCGACGUGUGUGUUGUGUAUAUAAAUACAUGUGGAAAUCUAUUACAAAUUCACACAACAUUCGAACACAAGAUAAAAGAAACCAUCUUACAAGAACUACAUACGUUCUUUCAAAGCUCUUUGUUUUUCAAAAUGGAGAUUGUUAGAUUCACCGUCGCCGUCUUCUUUGUACUUUACUCCGUAUCAUCAUCUAACGCCGCAACUGCACCACCGAGCGGUGGAGGCGGCGGAGGAGGAGAUGCUCAGGCAAUGCCGUGUAUACAGAAACUUAUGCCGUGUCAGCCGUUUCUCCACUCGGUGAUUCCACCACCGCCUCCAUCGUGUUGCCUGCCGAUGAAAGAGAUCGUCGCCAACGACGCGACGUGUCUUUGCUCCGUGUUUAACAACGUGGAUAUGCUCAAAUCGCUUAACCUCACUAAAGACAACGCUCUUGAUCUCCCUAAAGCUUGUGGCGCCAACCCUGACAUCUCACUAUGCAAAGCCAGCCCCGCGGGUGGUACUACUACGAAUUCGACGUCGCCGGCAACUCCCAAAACUCCUCCGGCGUCUUCCACUGGAAGCGGUUCCACCGGAGCAUCAGCUUCUUCAACGUCAACACCGACAAGCUCUGCCCCCGCCAUCAACUUCGCCGGACUCAGCUUCGCAUCGACUAUCGUGGCAUUGGCAGCAACCUUCUUCUGAUCUACUAUUUACAUUACGUAUUUAUUCAUUAUUAGAUAGGUUUAAUUUGUUUGAAAUUAUGUUUGGUAACUGAUUAAUAUAUGUAUUGAAAAAAUUCUAAUAAUAUUUCUAAUUUUCAACA